CUGAAGAAACUGCUGCUUCUAUCCCGUAAACCAAACACUCGUCUUCCCCAAAACAAGCCACUCUCUUCUCCUCUCCGUGCACACGCGAAUCGAUCAGAAUCCUUACACCAUGGGAACGACCGGCAGUGACGUGGAAGCCGGUUUUGCAAAGCUACAAGGAGAGGAUUUUGAGUACUACAUGCAAACAUACUCCAUAAUAUUGGGCCGGAAUUCCAAGAAAUCCACCGUCGACGUUGACCUUUCCAGCCUCGGCGGUGGCAUGAACAUCUCCCGUAACCAUGCUCGCAUCUUCUACGACUUCACGCGCCGGCGUUUCGCUCUCGAGGUUCUUGGGAAGAAUGGAUGCUUAGUCGAAGGCGUCCUUCAUCUCCCCGGUAACCCUCCCGUAAAGCUCGAUUCUCAAGAUCUAUUGCAAAUUGGGGACAAGGAGUUCUAUUUUCUGCUUCCUGUGAGGAGUAUUUUGGGAGGACAUCUUGGGCCCAGGCAUCAUGUGGCUGUGGUGCCUCAAUACGGUUAUCAUUCUGCUGGGGCGGAGAGGAUGGUUGGGCCAGUAGGGGUGGCGGCAGUUAAGAAAGGGAGAGGGAGAGAAUUUUACGAAGAUGAAUAUGAUGACGAGGAGGAGAUUGGUGGUAGCAGUGGAAAGAAGUUCAGGAGAGAGGGUCUUGACGGGUACGGAUAUGGAUCAGGUAGUGGUUCCGGUGGCAAAGCUGGAUUGUCUGGAGCUUUAGUUCCUGCAGAGAAGAAAAUGGAUGGAAGAUCAAGGAUUGAUCGGGAUUCCGACAAUCAGCAACUUCUGCAGUUGGAGGAGAAAGAUGUAGUGUCAUCUGUGGCUACUGUGCUGUCUGAUCUUUGUGGACCUGGAGAAUGGAUGCCCAUGGAGAAACUCCAUGCUGAGUUGUUGGAGCAAUUUAGCAACGUCUGGCAUCAUAGUCGGGUAAGGAGGUAUCUCACAUCUGAGGACUUUUCUGGUCCUGAAUCCAAGGGAAAACCCUGGUAUGGCUUGCUUAUGUUACUAAGAAAAUACCCGGAGCACUUUGUCAUCAACACGAGGUCCAAGGGUCGUGUAACACACGAGUUUGUAUCUCUUGUCUCUCUGCUUUCAUAAGAUCCUGAGAGCAUAAAAAUGUUAGGUCCUUGCAGUUUAACCGUGGAGUGAAGGAGUAGAUCGUUGGUCGUGCGAUAGUUUUCUAUUAGGCCUGGAUUAACUCGCUGAGUGUAAAUGAAAAGCAGUGGCCAAGAUUAUAUUCCUGUUUUUGCUUUUGUUUGUUGUAAUGAACAUUUUGUACAUGAUGCUUUUAGUAAUGCAAAUUUCAACCUUAGGACAGAUAUUUUGCUA